AUGUUUGAGAACCUCUGCACCCUGCCGCUGUCGGCGGAUCUGUUCACACAGGUGCUGCAUCCCUCCAAGCCACUGUUGACCGUCGGCCUGUCAAGUGGUCGUGUCGAAACGUUCCGGCUACCGAGCGAGGAUGACGACGGCAACGGUGACAGCAGUAGCUCCACGAGCGGCAAGGGGUUAAUCAAAAGUGUAUGGAGCACCCAUCGACACAAGGGAAGCUGCCGGUACCUGGCUUAUAGCCACGAUGGAGAAGCACUUUACUCAGCCGGAACCGACUCGGUCGUCAAGCAUUUCUCCCCCGAGACCGGCAUUGUCGUGUCCAAGAUCGGCUUGCCUCCCCGCAACAGCGCGACAAGCGCCACCGACUGCCCGGCCAUCAUCCACAAUCUUUCCCCCCAAACACUGCUUCUCGGCACAGACUCGGGCGGCCUUUACAUCUUCGAUCUCCGGGAGAAUGGUAUCCUGAACCCCAGGCCGGUCCGUAAACACGUGCCGCACGCCGAUUACAUCUCGAGUAUCACACCACUACCCGCCUCCGCCGAGAGCACAUCCGGCUUCUCUAAACAGUGGGUAUCCACCGGUGGCACCACCCUUGCCGUGACCGAUCUCCGCGCCGGGAUCGUCGCAACAUCGGAGGACCAAGAGGACGAGCUGCUGUGCUCCACCAUUAUCCCGACAGGGUUGGGCCCUAAGCGCAUGCGCAGCAACGCUGUUGUCGCGGUCGGCACCGGCGGUGGUGUACUGACGCUUUGGGACCGUGGGGCGUGGGAUGAUCAACAAGAGCGCAUCUACAUUGCAGGCGGGAAGAACAAACGGGAUGGUGACAGCCUGGACGCCAUCGUCCGUGUGCCCGACGAGCUCGGGUUGGGGAAGCAGGUGAUGGUGGGCGUUGGUGACGGCAGUAUAGCUGUUGUGGACCUCAAACAGCGCGAGUUGCAGACUGUGUUGAAACACGACGAAAUCGAAGGCGUCGCUGCUCUGACGUUUGACUACCAAAAUCGCCUGAUAAGCGGCGGCGGUCGGGUGGUCAAGGUUUGGGCGGAAUCCGGAGUUGAGGGUCUCGAGGACGAUGAGGAACUUGGCGAGACGGUUUCCGGUAUCAAGAGGUCAGUAGAUAGCGAUGAAGAUUCCGAUGGGGACGAUAGCGACAGCGAUAACGAAGGCGCGAGGCAACAACAGUCCAAGAAAAAGCGCAAGAAGGGCAAAGGUGGUGGUGGUGCCGGGCGGAACGUGGCCUUUCCCGGGUUAGACUAA